GAUUGUUGCUGGGCUGCUGCUGGCUAUUUGUUUACUAUUGGAUUUGUUUAGAUUUUUUAAGGUUUUUUGAUACAUCUAAAUCAUGAGUGAAGUUUUUGUUUUAUAUGAUGGAUUCUCUACAAUGUGCGCGAAAGAUGAAAUGGUUGCUAAUUGCAGUUGCACCUUAGUAAUAGGAGGACACAAUCUUAUUGUGGAUACCAUGACUGCUUGGGAUUCUGAAAAAAUACUGAGAGCUUUGCAAAACUAUGGCAUUGCCCCUAAUGCAAUAAGUUAUGUUGUUUCAACACAUGGACAUUCUGACCACAUUGGAAAUAAUAAUCUCUUUCUACACGCCAAGCACAUUGUUGGUUUUAGUGUCUCCUAUCAAGACAAAUACUAUAUGCAUCCAUUUGAUAAAGGCGAGAAGUUCAUCGUCAAUGAUAGUGUGGAAAUAAUCCCUACUCCAGGACACACAUUAUCAGAUGUAACAGUGCUCGUUAAAACUAAGCAUGCAGAGUCUAUCGCCAUUACUGGUGAUUUGUUUGAAAAGAUGGAGGAUAUAGGAAACCCUAACAUUUGGCUGGAAGCUGGAAGUGAAGAUCCAGUGCAGCAGAUGAAGAAUAGAGCCAAAAUAGCUGACAUUGCAGACUGGAUUGUUCCAGGACAUGGUCCAAAGUUCAAAGUGACUGAACAAAUAAGAAAAUCUUUAAGGGAACAAUCUGGGGACACAUGUUCAAUGAAAAAAGGGUAGUUUAAGCAUAAACUACACUACCUUCAGCAGGGGGAGCAAGGGUACAAGGAGUAUCAUGAAAUAUUU